AUGGUGAUCCCAAUAGUAGACACUCUUUGUAUUCAAUCCGGUAGAUUAAAUCAAAAGAUUAUCGAAACGGGGAAGCUUUUUGGUUCUAUUGCCCGCUGGGGAACAGAAGAGCACCAGUUCGGGAUGAGAAGACUUGCAGGUACGGCUGUGGAUGGAGAAAUGAGAAAUUGGUUUGUUGAACAAUGCAAAUCCUUGGGCUGUAAGGUAAACAUUGAUGAAAUUGGUAAUAUUUUUGCAAUUUUUGCAGGCAAGAAUAAAGGUAAGCCCACAGCAAUGGGCUCUCACCUUGAUACACAGCCUGAAGCAGGGAAGUAUGAUGGCAUUCUGGGAGUUUUGGCUGGUUUAGAGGUAUUGAGAACUUUCAAGGAAAAUAAUUACGUUCCUAACUACGAUGUGUGUGACAUAUGUUGGUUUAAUGAAGAAGGUGCCCGCUUUUCUCGCUAUUGUAUGGGAUCAAGUGUAUGGGCACAUAAUUUAAGCUUGAAAGAGGCAUAUAAAAUCAAAUCAAUCACUGACACAGUUCCAGAAACAGUUUAUGAGUCCUUGAAUAAUAUUGGCUACUUGGGUUCAGCGCCUGCAAGUUACCUUGAGAAUGAAAUUGAUGCUCACUUUGAGUUACAUAUUGAGCAAGGCCCCGUUCUAGAAGACGAAAAAAAGAAAGUUGGUAUAGUCACUGGGGUUCAAGCAUGUUACUGGGAGUUAUUCACGGUCAAAGGAGAUGCUAGCCAUGCAGGGACAACCCCGAGAAGAUUAAGAAGAGACGCUAUGUUAAUGGCUUCAAGGAUGAUAUUGAAAGCGGAAGAAAUUGCAGAAAAAAGAGGAGGCUUGUUUACCUGCGGCGUAAUCGAUGCUAAACCUUAUUCGGUUAACAUCAUUCCCAAUGAAGUAUCAUUCACGUUAGAUUUCAGGCAUGUGUCUGAUCAAAUUUUGGCCGAAAUGCUCUCAGAAACAAAGGCUGAGUUUGACAUAUUAGUUGAGGACAACCGCAAUGGUCCCUUGAGCUGGACGUCGAAAGUGUUAGUGAGUACACCAGUCGUUAAAUUCAAUGAAAAAUGUAUUGAGUGUGUGACAAAAGCAACGCAAAGUUUAUUCGAAACAAACGAUGUAAGAGAAAUAUGGUCGGGAGCUGGUCAUGACUCAUGCCAAGUUAAUUUUCGUGUCCCAACUUCGAUGAUAUUUAUUCCUUCUAAGGACGGAGUAUCCCAUAAUUAUUAUGAGUUUUCAUCACCACAAGAAAUUGAAAAUGGCUUCAAAGUAUUAUUAAAAACACUCAUGAACUAUGAUUCCUAUAGGUCAGAGAGAGGGUAUUGA